CGCAGGAUUCAGGAAUAGUAGGAUAUUAAUCAUCCGAGUUUCGAGCGUAGAACAAAACAAACGGUUCGGGCAGAGGAAAUUUGGCGGGAAAAUGGAGCUGCUCAAAUUAUCUAAGUUCAAGCUCCAGCUUCGAGCCCUAAUCACCGAAGUUCGUGAACUCAGAAAGCAAAAGCAAAGCGAGGAAGAUUUGGGCAGAAAGUUAACGGAAUUGCAAUCGGAAUUAGCUUUAUCCAAUGAGCUUCGACAAAAACUCGAAAGGAAGGUUAGUUACCUUCAAAAUGACAAUGCUUUACUUGAAAACAAGCAAAAGGAGUUGAAGGGAACUAUAAAUUGCUUACUCCAGUCAAGGGAAAAUUUUAUAAAAGUUUAUGAGGAUUCUACUUGUGAAAUGAAACGAUCUAUACAAACCAAGGAUAGGAAGCUCGCAGUCCUUUAUGAGAAGAUCAACUCUCAUUCAGCAUUAUGCAAUUCAAUUGAAAAGGAGGCUCUCUCUCUCAAGCAAGUUGUGGAUAAUGUUCACCACCUUGUGAGUGAAAAAGAGAGCAUAGUGGCUGGAUUGAGGAGCAAAAUGGACGAGGUUUCUACAUUUGAAAAAGUAUUUGUUGAAAGGAUCUCCAACUUGGAAACUAAACUGAGAAAUAAUGAGAAUGAUAUCUGGAAGAAGGAUAGAAUCAUUUCAGAGUUGGAAUUACAGCUGGAGGCAGCAAAAAUUAAUAACAACUGCCAGACACAGAUAGAAGAGUUUCAGAAAACACUAUCAGCAAAGGAAGUGGUCAUACAGAAUUUAAAUUCUGAGAAAAAGCUGUUGCAUUUCGAAGUGGGGAGUCUAGGAAUUAUCUUGCGGAAGAUUCAGGAUACUGUCACAAAUAUGAAUGAAGAGGAUAAAAGGGUAUUCUCCUCAAUACUGGAAGGACAAACAGAAAGUGCAACAACUAGAGAAAAUGAAAGCAACAGUAUCAAAGAUGCGGUUCAAAACAGUAGAGGAAAUUCUCCAAAUAUGUCUUCUGCAAGAGCUUCCUCUCCAUGUCAGCAGCAUAAUUCAGUAAACGAACCAUUGCAAGAGAACAAGAAUUUCGACUCCUGUGUGUCAGAGGCAAGUGGAUUUUUUUCUUCCUCACUGCUCACAAAUAAAGUUGCAGUAACUCGUUGUUUGAUGAUAUGUUGA